UAAUGAAUGGUCUUUUCAAUUAGUUUGAUCUCUCCAACUUCUUGCCCACAGCAUAUGUAGUAGAAGCUGGCCCGUUGUGCUCUAUUAUAGAUAAUGCUGUGAGAUCGGAAAGAGUGGGAGACCAGGAUCCAAGGAUUUAUAGUGUGUACAAUCAAAGCAAGGAUAGAAUUACCUAAUAAACCAAUUUAGUAGAUAAGAUAGCCAGAUUUGUUAAAGAGGAUGAGGAGAAAGAGGAAGAUCCAGAUCCAGAUCAAUCAGCUCAAGUUUAGACUAGAUACUUUAAUCUUGAUAGUAUUGAUGUACUCUCUAAAGGAGUAUGCAGAAGAUGCAAAAAAGUAAUUGGUAGUGAUAACCAAAGCCUGGCCAUUUUGAAAAAUGGUGUGUUGAAGACAUUGCUGAAUCUAAAGUGACUUGUCGAUUUUGUUUGGGAGAUCAUUAUUAUUUAAAAUGCCCUAAUAGUUUAUGCUUCAAGUGCAACCAAGCUGGACAUAUGGCAAAGGAUUGCGAUGUUGAGGGCUUCAAAUGCCAUAGAUGCAAUAAAAAGGGCCACAAAUCUAAGGAUUGUAAUGUUAUCAUUAUAGAUGAUGAGAAUGUAUUUGAAAAGGAUAAGCAAAGAUUGAAGGAUCUUUUAUGUAUAAAUUGUUAAGAGAGAGGACAUUUGAAUUGUUUUUCAAAAGGAUACAAAAAAUAUGAUUUACUUUAUUGUGAAGGGAAGGAAUAAAGAGAAAGAGAAAAAAUGAACAGAGUGGAUCAUUCUUAAAAGAAUAAACAUAAUCAUUAACAUCACUAUUAACAUAAUCAUGACCAUCAUCAUCAUCAUGAACAUUAAUAUAGAUAAAAGCAUUAAAAAAAUGAAUAUAGUCAGAGUAUGCCACAUAAAACCAAAAAAACAAUUUAAAAGCAUUAUUAGGAAGAUUCUCCUUCAUAAUAUUCAAUUUGGUCUGAAGAGUCUCCAAAUACCAAAAGGAUGAGUAAUAAAAAAUAAAGAAAUAAUAAGAAAAAAUAGAAAAAGUUUUAAAAAUAAUUUAAUUGA